AAGCGGAAUGAACAAAUGAUGAUCCCAAAGUAAUUUUUUUUUUUUAUUUUAUGCAAUGAAUGUGGUUUGCACAUAGCUUUCAUGGUUUUUGCGUUGAAAUCUUCCAUGGCUUAGCGUGAAGAGCUGGUCUCCAAUAUAUUCCAUUACUCCACGUCAUGAUAACCCUUCCCCAACAACACCUUUAAACCCCAAGAAGCCUUCAAUCUUAUUCACAAAACCAAAAGAACUUUCACUUUCUCUGUUUUUGCUCUGUUUUCCUCUGUUUCUAUCUUCAUUCUCAUACAUCAAAACAAUCUAAAUGGAGGGUCUUAUUCCAUUUGUGUACAAGGCUAUUAUGCAAUACAAGAACGGGAAAGAAGGCCCUAUUGGUUCAUGGCUUUGCGACUCGCCUUCCUACUCAUAUGUCAAGCUUCCUGGCGACUCGGGCCGGUUUCAAACCUCUGCCCUUUCUCUGUUUUCCCCUGAUCACAGGUUCUCGCCGGCAGCUUCACCGUCUUCCAAGCAUGCUUCUUCUUCUUCAAGCCAAAUGGUAGGUUCAUCCGGCGCCCAAUCUCCACGCCGGCGCUCAAAUUCCAGUGGAGGUUCAACUUGAACAUGCAUUUAUUGGAAACCAAUAUGUUCUAAGUGGUAAAUGAAUGUGAAAGCUUCAUCUGAUGCUAAGUGGUGUUGUGCAAGUUUGGGGUUUUAGUUUGAAUUUGAAGUGAAACUUGCAAGCGUGUGGAGAAGAUUCCCAUGCUUGGAGUUACUAGUAUUGUUCAACUGUAAAUAUUUGUUAUGGUGCUUUAAGAAAAUGUAUUGACUUUCUAUGGCCAAAGGGCUAUGUAAACUAUGUACUGUUACAAGAAAUGUUUGGGUUUCUUGGCCUAAGGGGCCAUUGGAACCGUAAGUUGUGGAAUAAAUAGAUUGCAAUUGUUUGUCUUA